AUUUGUGUUCUCUUCGCGGUAUGGUGUGAAUUGUGAUACGGCGAAUACAGUGAGUUUUCAAGUGCAAUUUCCAGUGCCCAUCGUCGAGAGUAAUCGUGAACCUAACCUAAAACAGCGACGAAUAUAAUUUUGAGCGUGUGACAAUUAGCCGAAAAUUAACGAGCCGUUAUUUCUGACGAUUUUUACCUGCAAGGUUUUCACUUCCCAGUGGCGUAGGCCAAGAGAAUGUGACAGAUGACAAGAUAAUCGAAGCAGUCAUCUGGAUCUUUCUGCGCAAUCAAACACACUGUAUGCAAUAUGGGGCAUGGAUAGAGAAAAAGACGGCAGAAACGACCGAGAUGGAAUCGCCUUUGGCCCAGGACAGUGUCAUCGUGGCCCAAGAGGAUUCCACCUCAGUGGAACCAGGAGCAAGAGAAGUCAUGUCAACGCCUCCAAGUGUCACCGAUGACGCCCCCUUACCUUCUGGAAACUCUCAGGAGUUAAACUGCCAUAACGAAACGUCCCAAAAUCCUUCGAGAAUGGGAUCAUCCGCGACGAAAACUCUUGGGAUUAGUCAAGAAGAAAAUUCCAAUGAAACUAAAGCGGACAAUGAUUUGAACAAUCCGAGACCUGUGUGCAAAGACUGCGAGGGAGAUGCUUCGAAAGAGAGCAACUCACUGCCAGUCUCCAGGAAGAGGCCAGCUACCGACUUCCUUCCGAUAAACGCCGAGAUUAAGAAGAUUGGUGUCGAGAUAUCAGAGGAGCAAGCUCAGCAACUGAAGAACGAGGUCAGGAGGCUCUCGCCUAUACACGUUAGUCUUCGAGAACGAACAUUGGGUGAGAUUUCUCUGAUUUCGGAACCGCGGAUCUUCGUAGAGCAGGAUAGGUUUCCGAAUAAAGAGGAUGGAGAGCUUUCGAAUUCGGCAAGCGAGGAUGAAACCCUUGAAACUGAUGGUACCAAGCAAGAGGACUGUAAAGGAAGUUCGGGGCAAUUGGGGGAUGAAUCGCGAGUGGGUUGUUGUGAUGCAGUGGAUGGAGCAAGUGUUGAUAAGCAAUCAGUUCCAACGGCAGAAAGUGGAGAAAAUGCUUCGGAACAUAAAGCAAUGGUUUUUGUCCUUUCGAGGGUGGACCGAUCCGAGAACUCAAAAGUGGGUGGUGCCAGUAAAGUUUGUGAUGAUUUAGAAGAGAGUGAUAUCUUAGAGAAAAAAGUGGAUAGUGAAGAAAGGGAACAGGAACUACAUGGAGAACCGAAGAAUUCUUCCAGGACAUUGACUCUCGGCAGUUGCUCUCAUCUUGAGAAUCGAGUCACGGCAAGGAGUGAUAUAUUUACAGUAGAGAAAAUGAAUAAGAAUGAGGAAUUGAGUGUAGGUUUCGCGUCGCCGAGGAAAUUGGUACAGAUUUUUGAGAAGAAUAAGGAGUUCCAGGGAGUGUCGAAAGCGGUGAUUCAGAAGAUUGAGGACCAUGAGGAACUUGUUUUUGCGAGUGCGACACUUGGGUUGGAUGAGAUCCAUCCUGAGGAAGUCGGUCAGAAUUCGUUGGGAUUGGAAAAUAUUGGGGCGUCCUUUCAAUCCCAGGAGUCGCAUGAUACUGAAGAAACGGAGACUGGGUCGGAUAGUUCGGAAGUUACAACGUCGAUGACGAAAGUUCGAUUUGAGGAUGGCGAUCAUGCUAUUGCUGAUCAGAUUCGUUGCUCGGAAAAUGAGCCGCUGAUUUGCGAUGACAUUCCGCCGGAGAUUAUGACAAGGCUGGAGCCGGAAAGGCCGGAAGCCUUCACUGAAGACUCGGCUGAGAGUCUUGCACUUGCAGCAGGUUCGAGGGACGAGGUCAGAUCGGAUGGCAGCGAUUCUGGACUUGGUAGCGAGAUUCCUGGAGAUCCUGGACCUGUUCCUGCUCCUGAAAGUGAUUCCGAAACUUCUUUCCUUGACAGGAUACCUGAUGAGAUACUCUCAGACAAGGAUAAAGCUGUAAAUCAACUGGAAACCUUCGCCCCAACCAUAAGCGGCCAGUGCACACCGCAAUCGUCUCUUCCAACUUUUCGAAGUCCUCCAAAGAGUAAUCUAAAACGUAGAUUAGUAGACUGUAUGGAGGGUGAACCAAACGUAAAAAGAAUAAACACUGAUGAACCAAUGAAAAAGAAACGCAACAUCCAAUUUGAUGCUGUUACUGUAUAUUACUUUCCCAGAGCACAAGGAUUCACCUGUGUACCUUCACAGGGUGGUAGCACUCUCGGAAUGAGCGCCACUCACACUCACGCCGAGAGAUUUUCGUUAACGGAACACGCGACUGAACAAAGGCGACUUCAUCGAGCAAGAUUGGCACAAUUGCGGACCGAGCGUGCCGCGAAUUGCGUGACGGAAGCUGCUUCGAGUUCGGAGGAUCCUAGUGACGAUACCGACGAGGAACCCAGUGAUCCCGAGGAACUUGAUAUCGACAGCUACUAUUUUUUGCAGCCAGUGCCGACCUGGCAGAGGAGGGCACUUCUCAGAUCAGCUGGCGUUCGACGAAUAGAGGCAGCGGAAAAGGACGAGUGUCGAGACAUUCGGGCGAGUCGGGAACAUUGUGGCUGUGGAUGCAAGGGCUACUGCGAUCCAGAAAGCUGUCCCUGUAGUAGAGCCAAUGUCAAGUGCCAGGUUGACCGAGCUGGAUUUCCUUGCGGAUGCUCCCGCGACGGCUGUGCAAACAGUUCCGGUAGGAUCGAGUUCAACCCAGUGCGUGUGAGGACGCACUUCAUCCACACCCUAAUGCGUCUCGAGCUCGAGAAGAAGCAGCGCGACGAGGAGCACACCGAGCAGGAUUUGGUGGACACUCAUCAUUCCGGGCGAGGGCCGCUUCGAGAGGUGAUCUCGAUGGGAUCAGUGAUCGAGAGUCCAGUCGAAGCGUGCAUUAAUGGAGGCGGAUUUACCACCCUGCACUACGAGAGCCACGAGACCGUUGGACCUUCAUGUCAGCAAGAUGUGGCCGUUGUGAGGGAGGAGAGUCUCGACUUGUACGCGAUUCGAGACGACUGUUACCCGAGCGAAGACACGGUCGACACUUCGCAGAAUGCUCAGCGGAAACUCCAUCCGGAAUUCCAUCAGACUUUCCAAACUUUCCAAGGUCAUCCAACUCCGCCCGUUGCCUUCCAGCAAAAUGCGUACACAGACUAUCAGAGUUAUCAGAAUAUUCCGUCAACGUCUCGAGCGCCUUUCCAGCCCCAGUUCCCAGUCGCGACCAAUUCGGGAUUUUCUCAUCAUUAUGGCGGCUAUCCCGCUGAUGGGUCCAUGCCACCGAAUUGCCAGACACAUCAAGGACAACAUGCGACCGGCUACGAGACGCCAUUCCCCCAGGAGGAAGCCGCAGCUUCACAGUACACGAACUUGAGUUCUGUGCCGUCUACAAAUGCAGUUGUUCAGCAGAUGGGUAAACUUGAGCCGUUCUCGGAGUUGUUGGCUGGCAGGUAUUCUUAUUAUGGUGAACUCGAUCCCCAGAAUCAUGGGAAUUAUCAUGCAAGUGGAGUUAAGAUUGAAACUGAGAAGGGAGAGAUAACUGGGCCGUCUGCCGAAAAUUCAGAAGAGUGUGACGAGAAUUUCGGGGAGAUUAUUAAGAAGUCGAUGGUUGAGACUGUCUCUGCUUAAAUUGUCAUACAGUUAAAUAGCUACAUGUUGAAAGAAACUAUCUCGGAUCACUGAUAUAUUUGUAAUACAGGGGAUACAGGAUUCAAGGGGAAACUCUUGUGUCUGCGUGAGAAAGAGAACUUGGAAAUAUUGAUUAAAGUCGUGUAAAAUUUAGUUUAUUGUUAAUGAGUGAACGGAUUAAAUCUGGAAACUCAAUGAAAUUUUAGAAAAAGUAAUUGCUAGAGAGCUAGACCAUCAUUUCCUUUUGAUAAUUUCGAAUUGAAAGUGUUUUAGAAUUUAAGAAAAAUGUAUUAAAUGAUUUUGAAUGGAAUACGUUCCAAUUCGAAAUAUUUGAGGGUAGGUGACAUUUUGA